UCGCCACAUCGCCCUCAACCGUCGGCCUCGACGCGGCGAAGCAAUCGAAGCCAACCAAAUACUCCAUUACUAGCAAGCGAUCAAACCGCAGCUGCGUGCCAGCUCCAAUUAAUUCUACUCCGGCGAGUACGGUUUUACGUGCAGCUGGUAGCUCCGGCCGGCGACUGGACAGAGCGAGCUAGCCUAGCUCACUGGCGGGCGGGGAAGGUGAGGGAUGGAGAAGAGGCUGCCGGUGGCGCUGGCGCUGGCGCACAAGCACGGAGGCGGCGGGGCGGAGAGGGUGUGGGCGCGGCCGUGGAGGUGGGCCAAGACGGCGUUCUUCCUCGUCGCGAUGAUCGCCUCGCUGCUGCUCGUCUGCGCGCCGCCGCUGCUGGUCGUCAUACUCGACCUCGCGCUCCCGUCGGCGCUCCUGUCCGCGCACCUCCGCGCCGGGGGCGGGGAGGAUCCUGUGGAGUACGGGUCGGGGUCGUUCGUGGCGGCCGUCGCCGCCCAGGCGCGGGAGUUCGACUUCCGGUCCUCGCUCGUCGACCUCCUCGCCGUAUCCGCCGCGCGCGCGCUGCUGAUACUCGGCGCGUACAUGGCGUGCGGCGGAGGCGCGGCGUACUUGUGGGUGGUGGCGACCACCGCGGCGGGGUCGGUGUCCUACGUACUGGCUAAGGCAGCCGCCGUGCUCCCUCGCCGCUCCACGGCGCCACCACCGGCGGCGGCGGCGGGGCCGGAGCCCAUGCUCCUGCUGUCGCUGGCGCUCGCGGCCGCGCACCUCGCCGUCGCGUACCGGACCAGCUGCCGCGAGCGCCGCCGCCUGCUCGUGUACCGGAUCGACGUCGAGGCCGUAAGGUUAAAAGGGGGCCAUCAGACACCAAAGGGGAUGAAACAGUGUAGCGUCUGACAUAAUGUGACCUGAAGAUACGUAUACACAUGCACAGAUAGGAGGUGUUCUUGAGAUUUUCCUUGUAGGAAAUUUUUUUUUGGUCGAGUUCUUUCUGUUUUGUGGUGUACAACUCCGAUGCAUAUGCUGUCAGGAUUGAUUGUACGAUGUAAAUAUGAUGAAAAGAGUUUGUGCUUAGUUCGGCCUCCUGAGAAUGCAGUGCAGGACGAGCCGUGUUGAUGAACUCCUUGUUCAGUCUCCUUUCUUGUCCUACUAUUGCAAUAGAAGUGGUGAUUGAUAUGCUGUGUGUCCAAUUCUUCCAUGAUAUCAACAAAAUCAUGU